AACAAUCGACCGACAAGAACGAGCACCUCAACCUCUCACCAUUUGUCAAAAACGCGGUUAAGUGCGUGAUUGUAAUUCCGCAACUUGAAAAAGUGGAAAAACAUCGGUUUUUAUCUACGGUUCUGUAUUGAAAAAGUGGCAAAGCACUUGUGAACAAGUGAUCAUCGAAUGGUAACAUGUCUCGCUAUAUGCAAAGACCGGAAAACGCCCUAAAACGGGCGAAUGAGUUCAUCGAAGUUGGAAAACCGGCCCGGGCACUGGACACCUUGCAGGAAGUUUUUCGUAUAAAAAAAUGGACGUACACCUGGUCGGAAUCCGUGAUUGAACCCAUCAUGUUCAAAUAUUUGGAUUUAUGCGUGGAGUUGAAAAAGUCGCACAUCGCGAAGGAAGGUUUAUUUCAAUACCGGAAUAUGUUCCAGCUGGUGAACGUAGGAUCAUUGGAGAAUGUUAUACGAGGCUAUCUGAAGAUGGCCGAGGAAAGAACGGAAGCUGCCCAACAACAGUCAUCGCAGGCGAUACUAGAAAUUGACGACGAUUUGGACAAUUUGGCUACCCCGGAGUCGAUUUUAAUGAGCGCAGUUUGUGGUGAAGAUGCUCAAGAUCGUUCUGAUCGAACAAUUUUGCUUCCGUGGGUUAAGUUUCUCUGGGAAAGCUAUUGCCAAUGCUUGGAGUUGUUAAAGGUAAACUCCCAUUGCGAGAACUUGUAUCACGAUAUUGCGAAAAUGGCUUUUCAAUUUUGCCUCAAGUACAACCGUAAAAUGGAAUUCCGAAAACUCUGUGAGAAACUGCGCAAGCAUUUGGAAGAUAUUUGUAAAGUCAGUUCGCAAACGGCUAAUGUUAGUAUUUCUAAACCGGAAACUCAGCAGUUGAAUUUGGACACCCGUUUGCAUCAGCUUGAUUGUGCUAUUCAAAUGGAACUGUGGUUAGAAGCGUACAAAGCUAUUGAGGACAUACAUGGUUUGAUGACUCUUUCGAAAAAGACUCCUAUGCCGAAAACAAUGGCCCUGUAUUACCAAAAGCUAGCCAUGGUAUUCUGGAAAGCCGGAAACCAAUUAUUCCAUGCUGCUGCCUUGUUGAAAUUGUUCCAACUGUCGAGGGACAUGAAAAAAAAUGUUACCCAAGAGGAAAUUCAACGCAUGACUUCUCAUGUUCUUAUUGCUACAUUGGCAAUUCCUCUACCAUCAGCUCACCCCGAAUUUGAUCGAUUCAUUGAAACUGACAAGAGUCCGUUGGAAAAAGCACAAAAACUAGCUGUUUUGCUGGGUUUGCAGCAACCGCCGUCUAGAGUUUCGUUGCUCAAAGAACUCGUACGUUUGAACGUGCUGCAACUGGCCGCUCCACAAUUCCAAAAUUUGCACCGCUGGUUAGAGGUAGAAUUCGAUCCUCUAAACCUCUGCUCGCACGUUCAAGGUGUAAUUGACGAAAUUACCGCAGAUGAGAACAGUCCUUAUACGCAGUACACCCAAGCCCUCCAGGACGUAACUUUAGUUCGAUUGGUGCGUCAAGUUUCGCAAGUCUAUCAAUCGAUCGAGUUUUCUCGUUUUUUGGCUUUGGCUAAGUUUGCCAACAGUUUUUAUUUGGAACGCAUUUUGGUCGAUUGUGUACGUCACAAUGACAUGCAGAUUACGAUUGAUCAUCGUAAUCACAGUGUUCACUUUGGAACGGAUUUGAGUGAAAGCCAGCGGGAAGAUCAUCCAGAUGGGCCAACUUUACAGUCAAUGCCAUCGGAACAGGUUCGAUCGCAGCUCGUUAACAUGUCGGUAGUGUUGCAUCGUGCUAUAGCUGCUAUAAAUCCCAACAGGAAGAAGGCCGAACGGGAGCGAUUGCGAACACAAAUGGUCAAGAGUUACGAAGAAAACAUGGUCAAAGAGCAUCAGCGUAUUCUGCAGCGACAGAAAAAGAUUGAGGAUCGCAAGGAGUACAUCGAACGUGUCAACUUAGAACGUGAAGAAGAGGAGCAGCGCCAACAGGAGGAAGCAGCUCGCCAGUUGAAGCUUGCCGAAAAGCACCGUUUGGAGCAGGAGAACGCGGAGCGCGAGAGGAAGCGUCAACAGAAUGAAAUCCAGAUGAUCAACGAACGUAACAUGAAGGAAAAGAUUGACAAGAUCAAACAAACUGCUACCGGACAGAAGAUGCUAAAAAAAUACGACGAGGAGGAUAUUAAAAAAAUGAAUGCUGAGGAAAUCGCUACCCGGGAGGCGGAAGAGCGCCAGAAAGAGCGUAAGGCACAUGACAACAAUCUGAAGUCACAGGAAAAGAAAAUCGACUACUUCGAGCGGGCUAAGCGGCUGGAAGAGAUCCCGUUGAUUGAGAAAUAUCUGGAGACUAAGCUUGUACAAGACAAAGAAUUCUGGGAGAAACAGGAGGCAUCUCGCAUUGAGGCGGCCAUUGCUGAGCGCAAGAACGCAGAGGCAGUUCAGGAACGGCUGAGGCGUAUGCAGCCCGAUCGCGAAAUUUUCUGGCAGAAGCUUAAGGGUGAGCGAAGCAAUCAGUUUGCAGAGAAACUAAAGGUAUUUAAUGCCAACCUGGAGGAAGAACGGAAACGGCGACUUGCGGAGCGAGUACUGCGACGUUGUGAAGAACGCCGUCAGCAAUGGCUUAAGGAAAAGGAGGAAGAACGUCGGCGGGUAGAGGAAGAGGCGCGCAAACAGAAGGAAGAAGAGGAGCGUCUUCUAAGAAAGAAACGUGAAGAAGAAGAGAAAGAAAGAGGACGUCUAUUGUACGAGAAGCAACAAGCCAAGCAUGAAGAGGAGAAAAAAAUAGCUGAAGAACGAGCAUCAAUGCGGGAAAAAGAAUCAUGGAGAGAUCGAAGGGGUGGGGAAACAUCAACAGCAUCUACAACUGCCGCCUCAACAUCCGAUACAAAACAAGACUCUGACUGGAGAGCAGCUGGACCCAAGGAACCGAGUGAGGACAACACUAGAAAAGGCAUAUGGCAACCCAGCUUCCAAGCAAGAGGCCGGGGUGCUGGUGCUGGUGCUGGUUUGGAGAGACGUGGGGCAGGUGAAGAUAGGGACAAAUGGCAUCGCAAUGAAGACACUAAAGAAGAUCGUUAUGCACCACGUCGAGGAGGAGAUGACCGUGGUCCGAUUCGGCGAGGUGGAGACGAUCGGGAUGAUCGCGGCCCUAACAGACGUGGUGAUCGAUUGCGUGAUGGUGAACGUGGCCCUGGACUACGUCGUGAUGGCGAUCGGGAUCGUGGAGAUCGACGAGACUUCGGAAACCGGGAUCGACGUGAUGACCGAUUAGGCCCGCGACGUGAUGGAGAUCGUGAUCGUGCAGGUGAGUCGUGGCGCAGAGGCCCUCAGGAUGAUCAAGGCCGUGGCGGUGACGACUGGAGAGGCGGAUCUCGUCAGGAUACGGCCAAACCGAAGGAAGAACGUCGCGAAGAGCGACCAAAAGAAGCAUCGCGUAACACUGGCUCUGACGAGGAUGGAUGGCAAAACGUGAAGCAUCGUUAAGAUAAAGUUCACUCACGACAGUUAACUACAUCGAUUAUUGUCCAUUCAAAUAUACUAUAGCGUCGUAGAUUUUAUGCCGCUCAAUGUUUCAAUUUUUUAUUAUUAAACAAAUAAUCUAACAGAGCGGUAAGUAUGCUGUUUAUCAAUUUUUUGUUUAAACUUUCAAACUAGCUAAAAAUGAUUCAUUUUGCUUAGUUCAAGAUAAGCUAUUAUAAUGCACAGUCUUUAAACUCAAAUAGCAAACCAUAUAUACCUACAACACAUUAGGGAUAGUGCUAUGCAGGUAUGCUAUAACGAUUCGUUUUAUAUCCAGCAUGCAGCUUGUAGAGUACAUAUGGUGAAUACAAGUACAGCAUAAAACUAACUAUUAAUUCUAUAAUAAAGUGAUCAUGGGAACUCAA